AUGGAGUUGCCAUCUAUCAGUAGUACUACGAGUAUAUCUGAUAACGCCGAUCUCCGCAACUAUUACGAGAAGCUGCUGUUUAAGAACAGCAGUGGCAAGUCGCUUACGGAUUUACAGAAUAGAGCGCACAGGAGUAACGAAGACGACGAGAACAAAGAGAGGAAAUUUGAUUUUAUCAAUGGUUUCAAGAGUAACAAGAAUGGUAUUAAGUUAGAACAAGGUAGAAACCGUAUGCCUACGUUUUCUGGCUUGAAGAUGACAUCUAUGGACACUGAAAGAAAGAUACCAACGAGCAAUUUCUUCAACAGUCAAGGACAACUGCAACAACAGAAUCACCCGAGUCAAAACAACAAUCAAAACAACUUGGAUCCUAAUAGCAAUGGUAACUACCAGGAUAUAUUCUCAAACUAUAACAUGUCCGAUAAAAUGGGUAAUGGUAACGAUGUUAGCAACAGUAACAGCCACUCUUCGCCGUUCAGCGAAUUUGCGCUACCGACGUUGCACAAAUAUCAAUCUAACCCGGGGCAGGAUCAUAUGGACUAUUCAAACGGCAAUCAAUCUGCUGGUGCCUGGAAUAACCCAAAGACGGCACUCUCUGGAUUUGAAGCCCAGCAGGACAGAAAUGACGGGCGUAGAUCGUCAUAUAUUUCUGAUACUUUAAUCCAUGGUCAGUAUGAUAUCCACAACAAUCCCAUACCCAAUGGUAUCGCUGCACUAAGGCAUCAUAGCUCUGCUGCUGGAGCAAUGGACCCUUUCAUGCAGGUCAAUCCCUCUCAAAUAUACGGCCAAAUGCCUAAUCAAACGGCAACUGUACAAAACACUAUGCCAUACGGCUAUAAGAACACGUCUAAUAUAAUUCCACUACUGAAUAAUUUAAACUUGAAGGGUGAGAAUAAUUAUAACCCCCAGAAUCGCUCUUUAAAUAAUCAGAGGUUCCCUCACCAGAAUAAUCCUGGCUCCAGACAGGGUCAAAAGGAUAUACAACAGUACCCAUAUAACGCUUCCAAACAACAACAAGACCAAUAUAAUUCUCGCUUCAAUCAUUACAAUAACGGAUCCAACUUUGAAAAUGUAAAGUCUUCUCAUUUGAAUGAUGGUGCACAUCAGAAUACUUCAAAAAACCAUAUAUCUGAAAGCUCAUUAGAUUUCAGCAUUUGUAAGGAUAACUAUGAAGAGUUACAGAAUGAAACUGGAUUAUUAUUACUUGCUGGGAGACAAAUUGUUUCAACUCCAAAACUACAUCAAUUUUAUUUGGAGUGUGGUGCUAACUAUUUUUCUAGUAAAGAGGUUUUCAAAUUUGCUGAUUUUAUUAAGGAGCAAUUGGUGAUUACAAAUGAUAACGAAAAUACUUCGAGCUCUGUGUUGAGCUUCCUGGAUUUCUUGAAAUCUCGUAACAGUAAUUAUUUCAAUAAGGGAAGCAAGCAAUCUAAUGGUGAGGAGAAUGGAAACUUGAACGAAAAUGGGAAUGAUCCAACCAAUGGUGGGAAUGCCUCGUACAAACCUUUGGUACUUGUUGCCUUAAAAAAUGGUAAACUUGAAUUACUGUCUACACCUCAAACAACUAAUCUUCUGAUGAAGAGAGGAGACCUUGUAAUUAUUGAUGGUGAUCGUGGUAAGGAUUUAGUUUUGGUUGUUGAACCUUCAGUAGAUCUGAACUUGGCCCUUUUUGUUAAUUUCUUGAAGAAGAAGAUCCAUUUUGAUUCAUUAAUUACUAAUAGGAACCAACAUAUAUCAAAUGAUAAUUUUAUUGGUUUAUUAGAGGCCUCAAAAAGCGGUGAGACGCCAGAUAUCAAUCCAAAACUUUACGACGUUGUUGAACUAACAGAACUCAUAAUCCCAUCUAAACAGGUUUUAAGAUUUGCUACACCAUGGGAGGUGAGUACCAACCUUCACAAUAAGUUUCAGGACGAGUUGAGAGCCAUGCACAUUGCUCGCAGCAAAUUGAGCUCCUUAAAUGAGACUAUUAAUGGCUCUCAACAAGGCGAAAAGGAGAACGACAAUUCCAAUCAGAGAUCUAAGAUGGCUUUGAACAUUAAAAUUUUGAAUGCCGAAUUCCAAUUUGACCGCAAAAAACUGACUUUCUAUUACUUGUGCGAAGAACGUAAUGAUUUUAGAGAUCUUAUCAAAGAGCUUUUCAAAUAUUAUAAAACUAGAAUUUGGUUAUGCGCACUUCCUAACAACCUGGAAGUCGAUACUAAGUACUAUGAUAAAGAUCACAAGGAACUGAAUAUGUAUCAGAAUAUGAUUGAUGGUGAAAAUCAAAUGGAGGUUCAAGAUGCACCAUUGAAAAGCGAUAAUAGUUCUGUUCUGGCUCCACCAUUGAAUAAGUUGGAAUUGGACAAUUUCCAAAUUGGUGUUUAUAAAGAACUUGUCAACCAACUAUUCAAGACCCAUUUUGAUUAUUAG